AUGCAUUUCGCAUCUGUCGCCCUCGCCGCUCUCGUGAGCAUGGUUGCUGCCCAGUCGACCGAUGUCAUCGUCGUCCGGGUAUCCAACUCGUCAAAUGCCCUGGUCUUCCAGCCCGACAAUAUCAAGGCCACCGUAGGCCAGAUGGUGCAGUUCCAGUUUGAGGCCGGCAACCAUACCGUGACGCAGUCCGCCUUCGACAGCCCGUGCCAGCCCGUCUCAUUGCACAGCAACGCCACCGGCUUCCACUCUGGCUUCCAGCCCGUCGCCGCCAGCGCCGCCGAGGGCAUGAUCCCUACCUACACCAUCAUGGUCAACAACACCACGCCCAUGUGGGUGUACUGCGCCCAGGGCAAGCAUUGCCAGGCUGGUAUGGUCAUGGUCAUCAACGAGAACACCGCUGCUAAUUCUACCCGAUCUCUCGCGAAUUUCAAGGAGCUCGCCAAGACCGAUACCAUCAUUGUUCCUGGUUCCGCAGCUGCUGGCACCACCGGCAGCACCAGCACAACCGGCACUUCCACCGGCGGCACCACCGGCGCCACCGGCACCAGCGCCGGCGUCGUCCUCAAGACCUCUGGCUCUCUCAGCCUGCUGGGUCUUGCUGCUGCUCUCUUCCUCCUAUAA